AUGGGCCAUCCAUCGGCGGCAGUGGGCCCCCAAAUAGAUCGCAGCAGCAUGAAGGGCAGCGGCAAUGCAGCUACUUGGGGUUUGGCAGGAUUUGCCGGCAGAUUUGGAGCGCCGACUAUGGAGGUCGGGUCAUGGCCAAGAGGCGGCCUUCGUUGUUUUGCGUGUGGAGAGGCAGGACACAGACAAACGACUUGCCCGCGGCAUGGCAUUUCGCGCGCACUAUUAGUUGAGGCGGAUUCCAAGGGCCACAAUGAGGUUGUGCCACAUGAGCACGAGCCUGGUUGCCCCCACCUUCACAUUUUCUGCCAGCACUCCGGUCGCCGCCACGACCAGAACCACUAUCGCGUCAGCCGUCGUCGGUGA